GCAGGAGAAGCAGACACGGCACAAGCGAUUGGAAGCCCCAGAGAAGACCUCACAGCCAACUGUUCCCAGAUCACAGAAGAACUUGCGACAUGCAGAGGAAGGUGAAAGGCCCACAUGGCCGCAAGAAGAAGCCACAAAACACCAUCCACCCGGGCUUCUUCUUGGUCACUCCACUCGUCUUGAUCGUCGUGGCGAUGGCCUGGCAGUGGCCUAACCUGUCUUGGCCGUGGGACUCCGUCGCCGUGGCACAAAGCAUCCAGGCCACUGAUGCCCCAGACCAGAACCUCCUAAAGGAACUGACAACCAUGAAACAGGACAUCAAUGAGUUGAAGAACCUCCUACAGGAACUGACAACCAUGAAACAGGACAUCAAUGAGUUGAAGAACCGGGUGACACGUGUGGAUGAUCUUGAUGAAAGAACAGCAGCUAUCGUCCACAUUGAGAAUGUGACCCGUACGGUUGAAAUACAAGCAGCAACCAUGCAGAAUCUGACCACACUUCUGAAGAUUGAUGGUGUAGCAAAAAUUGCGCAAGUUGAGGUUCUGACGGCGCGUGUGGAUGCCCUUGAAAAAGAGAAAAAUGAGCCAGUGAAAAAGGAGCAAGUGACGGGUCCCACCACCCGUGUGACCAAGCUGGAAGUGGCAGCCAGUCCGGUGGUGUUCUCAGCAAUGAUCAAACAUGAGAAUAACUUCAGUAGUGGGGAGAAGGUGAUCUUCUCUGAAGUGCAGACCAACGUGGGUGACGACUAUAACAAGACCACAGGCAUUUUCACAGCACGCAUUGGGGGCCUCUACUUCUUCACCGUCACCAUCCACACGCAUGGGGGGGACAUUAACCUGAAUGUGUAUAAGAAUGAGGAGAAAAUGAGCCAGCUGUUUAACCCCACUGCAGGAUACCACGGCAGUGAGACCAGCAGCUUGGUGAUGCAACUGGAGAGUGGAGACACCGUGUAUGUCGAGGCUUAUAAGAGCACAGUCCAGAGUUACACCAUACAAAGCAUGUUCAGCGGCUUCCUCAUCCAUCCCAUGUAAACUAGAUGGAGGUGAUAUUAUCGAUACCAGGCAGUAUCGGUAUGGGACUGAUGCUAGCAUGAGGAGAUGGCUAGAUGAGUUUUCUUUAUUCAAUUAACCGUGUGGCUUUUCAUGUGUGUAAUAUUCUACGUGUUUGGUAUCAUUGAUAUCGGCUGGUCUGAUCCAGUUGUGUCUACUGAUACUUGAACCGCACGUGUUAGGAUUGCUUUUUCAACAGCUGCCAUAGGCUGAUGACACUUAGCGCAUAUGCUAACGUUUACUAUUUGCGUGUACUUCUCCUACCUAACCCCUAGAAAGGGACUGUUUGCAAGCGUCGCUAGAGGGCGCUAACUGUGGAAGUAUUUUACUGGAUGCUAGCCGUGGGUGAUGUCAAACAGUCCCUUUAAAUGUCAAUGUAUUUCUACAUCACAGUGGAAACUUGGUUAGCGUCGUCAAUUCAUUCCAGAAGGUCCCGACUCACAACCUAAGCCAUUUCAACAGUCAGUUUUUGCUGCUGACAUCACAGACGGGCGACGUAGCUGACCUCCCCGGUUGCCAUUCUGUUAGCAAGCGCAUGACGCUAACACGGAUGUUUUGUGAACAUGAAGUGUGGCAUAUUGUACGCAAACUGAGGCUACAUUUUGGAUGAAACACGCUAACUGACGUUCUGCUUUUUUUCUUUGAUGAUACCACAUUUGGAAUGUUAUAGGCUACUGGAUGUUUGGAUUUCCCGCAUUAAAUCAAUAAAGUUUAGCAAGUUUGGCAAGAGUAGUUGUCAGUGCUUACCUCAGCUGUCUUUAUGCAGAUUUGAGCAGCAAAUGAUUUCAUUUACCGAUCAAGUUCAUUCUGCAGUUGCUUGUCAUAGUUUUUGAUUGAGCAAUGUAUUUAUUUGUAUUGAUUUUCUAUGUAGCCUGGUUAGCAUUGGUAACACAGUAAGGAAGGCAAACGUUUCUUUCACACUUUCAUACUUCUGCAAAGACUUUUAUGUCACUGUACUGUCUGACGCUCGUCACUCAUAAUGCAAUGAAGACAUGUUGUUGGAAGAUUGUGCUUAUUGAAAAGUGAAUGCAGCUUUGGUGAGGAAAAGAGGCAUCAUUUUUAAAUAACUCUUGACGGUUAAAGGUGGUAUCCAUCCUGGGAUGUAAAUGACGCUUUUCCACCCAAAAAUAUAAGAACACCAACCAGCAAAAACUGCACACGCAGAAAAGUCUAUAUUCUAAACAAUUGUUUGAGCCAGGAACAAAAGAAAGGGGAAAGCACAGGAACGCACGCGUGUACGCAGUCUUGGAAAAACUUAUGAACAAUUAGCAGCCAUGGCUGAGCAGGAAGUGGGGGGUGGGAAAUAGGCCGUUGGAGCGCUGGCACCCCCCAUUGCAGUACCUAACC